AUGGCCGAGCGCGGCCCCGCCGGGAGCCUCCGCGCCGAAGCCUCCUGCUCGCUGUGCCUCGGCCUCUUCCAGGACCCCGUGUCCAUCCACUGCGGCCACAACUUCUGCCGCUCGUGCAUCGAGAGCUGCUGGCGGAGCUCCCGGCAGAGCUUCCCGUGCCCGCGGUGCCGGGAGACGGCCCCGGAGCGGAGCCUGAGACCCAACCCGGAGCUGGCCAAGAUCAUCCGCAUCGCGCAGCGCCUCAGCCUGAAGGGGCGAGCCGGGGCAGGGGAGCGGCUCUGCCAGAGGCACGGCGAGGCUCUGAAGCUCUUCUGCGAGGAGGACCGGACCCCCGUGUGCCGCGUGUGCCGCCAGUCCCCGGACCACCGGCUCCACGCUGCCGUCCCCAUCGAGGAAGCGGCGCAGGAGCACAAGGAGAAAUUCCAGGCUCACGUGCAGAUCCUCAAGGACAGGAGAGAAAAGAUGCUGGGGCUGAAAGCGGCAGAGGAAGGAAAAAGCCUGGGCUUGCUCGAGCGGGUGGACGCGGAGCGGCAGAAGGUCCGGUCCCGGGCCAGGGAGCUGCACGAGCUCCUGGAGGAGCAGGAGAGGCUCCUCCUGGGCCGGCUGGCCCAGCUGGACCGGGACAUUGCACAGAGGCAGGAGGAGAACAUCAGCAGGCUCUCGCAGCAGAUCUCCUCUGUGGAUCAGCAGAUCCAGGAGCUGGAGGACAAGUGCCAGCAGCCGCCCUGGGAGCUCCUGCAGGACAGCAGAGACAUCCUGAGCAGGCUGGAGAAGCAGAGUGCCCUGGAGGCGGUGGAGGUUUCACCAGAGCUGGCAGAGGAACCCACAGGACAGCCCGAGAAAAAUGCCACCCUCAAGGAGAUGCUGAAGAAAUUCCAAGUCAGCCUGACGCUGGAUCCGGACACGGCCCAUCCCCGGCUCGCCCUGUCCGAGGACGGGAAGUGCGUCCGGUGGGGAGACACCCGGAGGGUCGUCCCCGACCACCCCAAGCGCUUCGACUCCUCUCGCUGCGUCCUGGGCCGGGAAGGAUUCGCUUCUGGCCGCCACUACUGGGAGGUGCAGGUGGGCGACGGAGCCGCCUGGGCCGUCGGCGUGGCCAAGGAAUCCGUGCCCAGGAAGGGCCGGGUCAGCGUCAAGCCCGAGGUGGGGAUCUGGGCCGUGGGGCAGUGCGGGAGCCAGUGCCAGGCUCUGGCAUCCCCCAGCGUCCCCAUCGCCCUGCCCGAAGCCCCCGAGGUGGUCGGGGUCUACCUGGACUACGAGGCCGGGCGAGUGGCGUUCUUCGAUUGCCGCGGCCAGACGCCGAUGUUCGCCUACCCGCCGGCGCGCUUCGGUGGCGAGCGGCUCCUGCCCCUGCUGUGCCUGGGCAGGGGGUGCCACUUCAGGCUGUGCCCCUGA